UAUUCCCUCAGCCAUCUCUGUGAGAGGGAGUGACAGGUUGCGGUGGGGAUUCAGUCCAAGAAUGGGAGACGGCUGUUUAAUCAUAAAAUAAAAUUGACACCCACCGAGCCAAAAUGCUUAUGUUAUCAUUAAUUAGCUCGCGGAUUCCUCGCUCUUGUUUUCCAACUGCGUCGCUCGUUAGUCAAACGGGAAGCUGUAUGGCGUGAGUUAGCUAGCCCUCCGUUUGUCAUUCCAGAGCCCUUUUAGACUUCACCAAAUCAUUUCGAAGUCUCUGUGAUCUCGAUAACCGCAGUCAUCGAGAAACAGUUCGCCAACAACCGCUGUGAAAGUCGUGACAGCGCUGCUUGUCAUAGUUAGCAAUGUUGUUAGCCUACGAAGCGGCUAUCAAGCUUACUCCAUUACGGCAUGUUUCUGUGGCUGUAGUCGUCAACUCAGCGUUUAGACACGCUGUCAGUGUGAUAACUGAAUCCUGGGAUGCCAAAGCCGGUUAAAUACACUUGUUUGAUAUACAACAGACUUGACUAAUGUGGCAAGUCAUAGUUGUGCUACAUCCAGCUAAAGAAUGCUCUUGGCCCAGAUAAACCGGGACUCCCAGGGAAUGGCAGAGUUUCAUGAUGCAGAUGGGCAGCCGGUCACACUCUGUCUAGCAGAGGCUGUGACAGUGGGAGAUGCAGAUCAGAUGGAGAGUAUGGACACAGUGAGUCUGCAGGCUGUUACACUUGCGGAUGGAUCCACUGCAUAUAUCCAGCAUGACACCAAAGGUUCCUUUUCAGAUGGACAGAUUAUGGACGGCCAAGUUAUCCAGCUGGAGGAUGGCUCUGCUGCCUAUGUUCAGCAUGUGCCCAUGCCUAAAGCGGGGGGGGGCAGUUUACAGCUUGAAGAUGGACAGGCUGUUCAGUUAGAAGACGGAACAACCGCCUAUAUUCACACACCCAAAGAAACAUAUGAUCAGGGUGGCCUGCAGGAGGUACAGCUGGAGGAUGGGAGCACCGCCUACAUUCAGCACACUGUGCACAUGCCCCAGUCCAACACCAUCCUGGCAAUCCAGGCUGAUGGCACCAUCGCAGACCUGCAGGCGGAGGCGGCAGCUAUUGACCCAGAGACCAUCAGCGUACUGGAACAGUAUACCACUAAGGUGGAGAAUAUAGAGAACCCCCUGGGGACCUUUGGCAGAGUUGAAGCAGACAAUGGUGUCCACAUGCGGAUUGUGUUACAGGGACAAGACAACAGGCCAGGAAGGGUCUCAAAUGUUGGGGAAAAGUCCUUUCGCUGUGAAUAUGAAGGCUGUGGAAAGCUGUACACCACUGCCCACCAUCUUAAGGUACAUGAGCGUUCCCACACUGGAGACAAACCGUACAUCUGUGACUAUCCCAACUGUGGAAAGAAGUUUGCAACAGGCUAUGGACUGAAGAGUCACUCGCGCACACACACGGGGGAGAAGCCAUACAGAUGUCAGGAGUUAAACUGCUGCAAGUCCUUCAAAACCUCUGGAGACCUUCAAAAGCACACAAGGACACAUACAGGAGAGAAGCCUUUUAAAUGCCCAGUUGAAGGCUGCGGCAGGUCAUUUACCACCUCUAAUAUCCGUAAAGUUCACAUCCGAACACACACCGGAGAACGGCCAUACUACUGCUCUGAACCAAGCUGUGGACGGUCAUUUGCCAGUGCCACUAACUACAAGAAUCAUAUGCGAAUUCACACUGGUGAGAAGCCGUAUGUGUGCACAGUGCCUGGGUGUGAAAAACGCUUCACAGAAUACUCCAGCCUUUACAAACACCAUGUUGUUCAUACGCCCUGUAAACCUUACAACUGCAAUCAUUGUGGGAAAACCUACAAGCAGAUUUCCACACUUGCCAUGCACAAAAGAACAGCGCACAACGACACCGAGCCCAUUGAAGAGGAGCAGGAAGCCUACUUUGAACCCCCAACAGAUGCCAUCGAUGACCCCAGUGUGAGCUACACGACAGCUGUAGUGGAGGCAGAUGACUCCGGAUCAGAGCCGGUUCCAGUGGAAAGCUCCGACAUGGUUGGUCCGCAGCAUGUUGCCCUGGUAACACAGGAAGAUGGAACACAACAACAGGUCAGUAUCUCCGAGGCAGACCUUCAAGCUAUGGGUGGCACAAUUACCAUGGUAACCCAAGAAGGCACAACCAUAACUAUCCCAGCCCAUGAGCUGACAACUCAGGGUGCUCACUCAGUCACCAUGGUAACAACAGAUGGCUCAGAUGAACAGGUGGCCAUCAUGACACCUGACAUGGCUUCAUUCCAAACUGUGGAGGAGGCAGGUUACAGCCAAGAGCAAGAUGAUAUUCAUCCUGUCACAUUACUGGCCACAUCCAACGGCACACACAUCGCUGUACAGCUUAGUGAUCAGCCUUCGCUGGAGGAAGCCAUCAGAAUAGCAUCAAGAAUACAGCAAGGAGAGUCACCAGGCCUGGAUGAUUGAUCGAUAAGGACAGUGAUUAUGAAUUAAGACUAAUUUCAAAUGGACUAUGUCAGUGGGAGAAAUCAUGAGUCUUCCUCAAUGUUUUUCCACAAAAGAAUUUAGCUUUUAUGUGUACAUAGAAUUUUGAUAACUGGAGUUCUGGUGUGCUAUUUUGUCCCUCUACAUAAAAUGUGAGAGGAUGAGGGGGGUGGGGAGGGGGGGGCUUUCUAAUGUUUAUGGUGCACAGUACUGCAGUGUACAGCUAAUGCUAUUUCUAAUAAAAAAAACAAACAACAAAAA